AUGAUUUUUCUUUUCUGCACACCGACGUACCGUCAGGUCAGGCCUCGAUUUGCACUCCUCUGCGGCAUUGCUUCAGUGCUUCUUAGACCAACCGUUGGGAAGGAAUCGAAAAUCCCCCUCCCCGCCCCCCAUUGGCCGUUCUCUCUGCGGUCAAUCACCGUGACCAAAACAACGAGCCCAACGUUCUCAGAGAAAGAGCACCAUGCCCUGCUUGCUGAAUUGCGCGAGAGCGGAAGCAAGAAGAGGAAUGGCGGUGGCCCGGCAAGUCGUUCGUCCCAAGGUCCGUCUAGGACAGAACAAAAGCUUCCCUGUCAUUACCAAACACCGGCGGUCUCGUAUCCUACGGCUUUGGUGCAUGAAGACGAGGAAACAUUUCCCAACCAAUGCAUGGGGCUUUCUGUAUUCUGCUUGCCGACGUGGAUCCUGGACAUGGCAAUAGGCGCAUGGCGGGAGAGGACGUCAAAACAUGGCACUUCCGCGAGCGGGUUGAUUGCUUCUCGAGCACACGCCCCCGCAACAGGUGUUUUUAUCAUGCAUCAUGUUCCCGAGUCUUUUGGUCUCUUGGAGGAAGGAUUUGGCUACCCGCAGCGGGAUGCCUGUCGGCAAGCCGAGGCAAACCUAUCAACCAUGCCUUUACUCAUCGGGUCAUUGACGCUGAAUCAGGCACCCAAGUGGCGAAGUAGAAGAAGGCGACGCGACUUUGAUGACGGCAUCUCCUUGAAGCGCAGCGAAGGGAGCGGCCGAAGCAAUGUAAAAUCACGUCAUUACACGGCUCAUUAUCGUGCAUGA